AUGGCGCCUUGGUUCAGCGUGAUCUCCUUGUUCGAGUCCCUCGUCAGGCGCAGCUACACAGCGGCAGGCCUCCGAGAGGAGACCCACGAGAUCGACGGCGGAGAGACCACCAUGCGCUGCUGGGUCUCCCCCGACGUUAAAGAUGGCCGCCCCACGGUGGUCCUCCUCCACGGCUUCGGUCCCAACGCCACGUGGCAGUGGCGGGGCCAGGUGGGCCCGCUCUCCCGCCGCCUCCGUCUCGUCAUCCCCGACCUGCUCUUCUUCGGCGGCUCCGCCACCUGCUCCCCCAACCGCUCCGAGGUCUUCCAGGCCCAGUGCGUUCUGAAGCUCCUCGACCUCCUCGGAGUCUUCCAGUUCUCCGCGGUGGGGAACAGCUACGGCGGCUUCGUCGGCUUCCACCUGGUCAAAGCCGCCGGAGCCCAACGCGUGGACCGCCUCGUGCUCGCGAGCUCCGACCCCCUCAAGUCGCCGGAGGACGAUGCGGCGCUCCUGGAGAGGGCCGGGAUGAGGAGUAUACCCGACCUGAUCCUCCCGCGGAGCACCCAGUCGAUGAGGGCCGUCAUCCAUUUCUCCAUGUACCGGAAGCCUCUCUUCAUGCCGAACUUCCUCCUCAGCGACGUCCUCCAGGUAACUCAUCCCCCUCCGCCUCCGCUGUUGAUGCCGACGUUGAUGCUGAUGUUGAUGAUGGCGUCGGAUCUGUUGCGGUAGGCGUGUUUGAUCUUGAAGGAGUAUUGACGAAUGAGUGCUCUUCCGCAGAGCCUCUUCGCGGAGAAUGCGGAGGAGAAGCUGGCGCUCAUCAACGGGCUCGAGCUCGACAAGGACGGCGAGAUUAGCAGGUCCUCUCUGGAGCAGGUGAUCGACUGACUAUGGCUCGAUCGAAAAUCUGAGAGAGAGAGAGAGAGAGAAAUCGUGCUCGCUGUGGAUUGAUGCUCCAUGGAAAUUUCUGUUUCAGCAAGUGCUUCUCAUUUGGGGCGAUCACGACCGCCUGUUCCCCUUGGAGACUGCGCACCGCCUAAAGGAGUAAGUCCACUGGUGCUCGUCCGAAUAUCUCUCAGUUGAUCUGUUACUGCGCCUGAUCUGUUGGAUGAAAAGCCUGUUUGAACAGUUAAGAACCGAGUCCAUCCAUUAUCCAGAUCGAUCUCCUCUUUCGUAUGAUUCUGCAGUCGAUCUGUUCGAACAAAAGCCCUACAGAAAGCUCCAUAAUCCCAGCCUGUGCACUCCUGAAAAAAUAAUGAAACUUUCUUGAUGGAUCAGAUGGAAUAUGAUUCUGAGGGUAAUCUGUUUGAGCAAUCUGAUCCCUGACAGAAUUUUCCCGAAAUCGCUCCGAGUUUCCUAGAAACUAAGAAGAAAUCUAUAUGUAUGUUUGACUCUGUGUGCUUCGGAUGCAGUCAUCUGGGGGAGGGGGCGAGGCUAGAGGUGAUUAAGAACACGGGGCACGCGCCGCAGACGGAGGACCCGGGCAGAUUCAACGAACUUGUCCUCGCCUUCCUGCUUGAGGCACGUUGA